AUGACUGAAUAUUCGAGUUCAUUAACAUCGAGUGAGGAAGAUAAUGACUCAGAGUCAAGUUCAGAACAUCCUUUGAAUGAGGUUCAAGAACCUUUGAAUGAAGCAGACCAAGAAUGGGAAGUAGCAUAUAUUGAAGGCACCGAAAUCAAAGAUGAUAGAAGACGUUAUUUGAUUAAAUAUAGAGGUUAUUCACCUUCAGAAUGGCAAGAUGAAACUGCGGUGGAACACUCCGAAUUAUUAGUAGAAGCUUUUUGGAGAAGCUUAAAAAGGCCGGGAACUCAACGUAGUGAUUGGAUCGCCGAACAAAUUAAAGCGGUAGAAGAAGCACCGGAAGAAGAAGAAGAAGAACCUGAACAACAACCUGAAGCAUCCACCUCAAAAGUUCAAGAAGGGCUGAUUAUUAAAGAAGUACCCAUCAAGAAGAAGAAAAAGAAAAAGAAGAAAAAACCAAAAGAGAAUCGAGAAGAACCGAUCAAUUCUGAUUUAGCAGAUUCUUCAUCAUCAUCUUCUGUAUCAUCAACUUCAUCAAUUUCAAGUUCAGAAGAAUCAAAUCAAGAUUCAGAAGAAGUUGAAUUCAAUUCAAAGUAUAUUCCAAAGAAUUUAGAAUUUAGAAAAUUAAUGGAAAAAUAUAGACAAGAAAGAAAACAAAUCAAACUAGAAGAAAGGAAAUCUAAAUUAAAUGAUGAACAAAUUAUCCAACAUAUCUAUUUUAAAAAUGAUUUUAAUCAUAAAGAAUGUUCCAAAAGUUUAUCAAUUAAUCAAGUUAAAGUUCAAGUAGAAAAUCAUCAACAAAUUGAAAGUUCUAAUACUGUUCAAAUUAAUCAAGUAGAAAAUCAUCAAAGGAAAGAUAAAGGGAAAGGGAAAGAAAAAGAAAAAGUUAAUGUUAAUGGAAACGGAAAUGGAAGAAAAAGAAAAAGAGAUAAAGGAAAAGGAAAAGAAAAUGGAACUACAAAAGGAACUGAAAAAGGAAAAGAAAGAGCAAGAGAAGAUGAAGAAACUGAAGAAAAUCAAACCAUGAAAGAAAAUCAAGUAAUAGAAGAAGAACAGGAAGAAGAAGAAAGUGAAGAUGCAUUAGAAGUGACGAAUAAAAGAUUAAAAAAGAUGACGAUUCCAGGUAGUAAUUCUUUAAAGAAAUUAUUAAGGAUUCCAUCCCGGAAUUAA